AUGGGCUCUAUCGACGAUUUUCAGAACUUGUCAUUGAACGGCAGUUCUAACGACACCAAUGGAACAAACGGAACCCAAGUAAACGAGCUCGAUGCCUUGAUCGUUGGUGCAGGCUUCGGCGGUGUAUACCAGCUGAAGGUUGUGCGCGAUGCAGGCUACAGUGUCAAACUUGUCGAGCACGGAUCAGAUUACGGAGGUGUGUGGUACUGGAACCGGUAUCCUGGCGCACGUGUCGACAGCUCCAUUCCCCACUACGAAUUCUCCGAUCCUGCACUUUGGAAAGAUUGGACGUGGAAGCAGCGUUUCUCAGGUGGCCAGGAGCUCCGCACUUACUUCCAUCACGUGGCGAAGGUUUGGGACCUGAGAAAGGAUACGCAGUUCAACACCUUCGUUUCGUCUGCGAUAUGGAGUGAUGAGGAAGCGAGAUGGACGGUGAAGACGAAGGCUGGCGAGACAUACAAAGUGAAGUUCUUGUUGUUGAACACCGGCUUCGCGGCGAAGCGGUACAUUCCCGACUGGAAAGGGAUCGACACGUUCAAAGGAACACUUUUACACCCUUCAUAUUGGCCUCAUGAGGAACCUGACCUUCGUGGCAAGAAGGUGGCCGUUGUUGGCACAGGGUCCACUGGCAUCCAGCUAGCUCAAGAGCUGAGUAAGGUGGCUGGCCAUCUUACAGUCUUUCAGCGGACGCCAAAUAUGUCAUUGCCUAUGGGACAAGUCGACUACGACCUCCCUCAACAAGCUCUUCCGAAGCCCAAAUAUCCUGAUCUCUUCGCUGGACGCCCAGACAGCUUCUCCGGUUUCUCUUUCAAUUUUCUGCCGAAAUCAACAUUCGACGAUACACCAGAACAGAGACUGAAAACAUAUGAAGAGCUGUGGGCAGAGGGUGACUUCAAAUUUUGGCUUGCGACGUACUACGAUAUGCUCUUCGCCAAGGAAGCCAAUCGCGAAGCAUACAACUUCUGGCGUGACAAGACAAGAGCGAAGAUCAAUGACACCAAAGUUGCAGACAUCCUAGCCCCUAUGGAGCAACCGUAUGCCUUUGGUUGUAAACGCAUCUCGUUGGAGAAUGAGUAUUUCGAGAUGUUUAACAAGCCCAACGUUUCGCUUGUUGACAUCAGCGAGAAGGGUACACCAAUCCAAGAGAUCACAGAGAAAGGUAUCAAGACCGCGAAUAAGGAACACGAGUUCGACUAUAUAAUCAGUGCGACCGGAUAUGACGCCAUCACCGGUGGUCUGAAACAGAUCGAUAUCCGUGGUCCGUCAGGUGAGAGCUUGAGCGAGCACUGGAAGGAGGGCGCAAAGACGUAUCUCGGUAUGGCAGUAGCAGGCUUCCCCAAUAUGUUUUUCACCUACGGUCCACAAGCUCCGACUGCACUAUGCAAUGGUCCUACAUGCGCUGAGCUCCAGGGUAACUGGAUCUUGCAGACGAUGAACCACAUGAAGGAGAAGUCCUUACGCAAGGUGGUAGCGCAAAAGGAGAGCGAGGACCAGUGGAAGGAGCUCAUCUGGAAACUCGCUAACGCGUCGCUACUGCCCAGCGUAGAUUCGUGGUAUAUGGGUACCAACAUCCCUGGAAAGGCCAGAGAGCCAUUGAUCUACCUCGGCGGCGUGCCGACUUAUUACAAGACUAUUGAAGAGACGGCAGCGAGCGGGUACACCGGUUUUGAUCUGUCGUGA